CACGCCUCAAACUCGGAAAUAAUCUCCGCGGAUAGGCCCUUGAGUAAUGCAGAUGCUAGAGUUCGGAGGGGUUGGAGUGAAUGGAGUGGUUCUCGGUCCACCUCAGGAAGCGAUUCUGAGCCCUUGAAGGGCUGCUUCUGAAGACGCGGGUCCCCCAGCUGGAGAGGGACCCCCUGCUGCCUUCCAAUUCGUGCCCCAUGGAGUCUCCAUUCAGCAGCCCGGUGGAGGCAGUCCUGCAGCGGGAGGCAGGCCUCCCGGGACUGCUCACUCCUCUCGCUGACCUCGACCGAGUGUACGAGCUGGAGCGAAUCGUUGGAUUUGUCCGCGACCUAGGGUGUCAACGGGUGGCCUUGCAGUUCCCUGACCAGCUUUUGGGAGAUGCAGGCGCCGUGGCUGCACGACUGGAGGAGACUACAGGGUCGAAGAUGUUUAUUUUAGGAGACACAGCCUAUGGCAGCUGCUGUGUGGAUGUACUGGGUGCUGAGCAAGCUGGAGCUCAGGCCCUUGUUCACUUUGGCACCGCCUGCUUAAGUCCCCCAGCCCGCCCGCUACCUGUCACCUUCAUCCUUGGCCAACGUUCUGUGGCUUUGGAGCUCUGCGCCAAGGCCUUUGAAGUGCAGAACCCAGACCCUACAGUGCCCAUGGUGCUGCUGAGUGAACCAGCCUGUGCCCACGCCCUGGAGGCCUUGGCCAUGCUCCUGCACCCUAAAUACCAGGACCUGAUUGUUUCCAGCCCAGCUCUUCCCCUACCGUCUGAGUCCCCCAGUCCAGAGCCUAAGCCCCUGGAGUGUUUUGGGCGCCACUUCCCCCUGGCCCCAGGGAGGUGUCUGGAAGAAUAUGGUGCCUUCUAUGUGGGGGGCUCUAAGGCUAGCCCUAACUCUGACCUUGACCCAGACCUGAGCCGGCUGCUCUUGGGGUGGGCACCAGGGCAGCCCUUCUUCUCCUGCUGCCCAGACACAGGACAGACUCAGGAUGAGGGUGUCCGGGCUGGACGUCUAAGGGCACGAAGACGGUAUCUGGUAGAGAGAGCCAGAGAUGCCCGUGUGGUAGGCCUGUUGGCAGGCACACUGGGUGUGGCACGACACUGUGAGGCACUGGCACACUUUCGGAACCUGACGCGGGCUGCUGGCAAACGUAGCUAUGUGUUGGCUCUGGGACGGCCCACCCCUGCUAAGCUUGCCAACUUUCCUGAGAUGGAUGUCUUUGUAUUGUUGGCCUGUCCUCUGGGUGCCCUAGCUCCACAGCCUUCUGGUAGCUUCUUCCGGCCUGUACUGACACCAUGUGAGUUGGAGGCUGCCUGCAACCCUGCCUGGCCACCUCCAGGCCUGGCUCCCUAUCUUACACAUUAUGCGGACUUAUUGCCUGGCUCCCCCUUCCAUGUGCCCUUGCCACCACCUGAGUCAGAGCUGUGGGAUGCCCCAGAUGUGUCCCUCAUUUCUGGGGAGCUCCGACCCCCACUUGCCUGCAGGCCAUUGAAUGAUCCUGGAUGCUCUGCCCUGACCCCACGGCCCCAGCUGGAGCUGGCUGAGAGCAGCCCUGCAGCCUCAUUCCUUAGUUUCCGGAGCUGGCAGGGACUGGAGCUCCGCUUGGGUCAGACACCGGUGACAGAAGCUGUGAGUGGAAGACGAGGGAUUGCGAUUGCCUAUGAAGAUGAGGGAAGCAGCUGAUACCUUGUGGGGCCAGAGACACAGAGGAACUUAUGAGUUGCUGCUAGAACCUUUAUUGUUCUCAGCACUGACUUAUCAUCCCACCAGGAUCCUUGAAGGAGCCUGCACAGAGAGGGCAAGCCAGACAGCCCCUUAUUGAAGAUCAGAUCCAUGCCUGUCCUUUCCUGGCACUGGCAUCAGGCUUACCACAUACUGGCUUAGUAAAUGUUUAUUGCUUGACUGAUGAAGGAAAAGGCUUAGGGACAUUCUUGAGGCCUUCUGGGCACAUCUGUCUCUGGAGCAGCCCUGGACCAGUGGCCAAUCCCAGUUCCAGAUCUGCAGUUGAGGGUUUGGCCUUAUUAAAGGGCAGGUGCUACGUCUUCCAGACCAGGUAUCCCAACAUCAGCACUGCUGAGAUUUUGGACAAGAUAAUUCCUUGUUGUGGAGGCUGUCCUGUGUAUGGCAGGAUGUUUAGCAGAAACGCUAGCCUCUGCCCACAAGACAUCAGAAGUGUUCUGUAGUUGUGACAACCAAAAAUGUCUUCAGACCUCGGCAAAUGCUCCCUGUGGGGCCAUAACUGCUCCUAGUUGAAAACCACUGAUCUAGACCUACACUGUCCAGGACAGUAGCCACUAGACACAUAUUUAAAUUCAAAUUAUGGCCAGGGAUUUACCUCAGUGGCACCGUGCCUGCCUUGCAAGCACAAGAUCCUAAGUUCAAUCCCCAGUACCAAAAGAUAAAUAAAUUCAGAUUAUUUAGAUUAUUUAGAUUAGCUCAAUUUCUCAGUCACACUGAUUUCAAAUACUCAUAGGUGAAUGAGAAGACAGCAUAGGUAUAGGACAUUUCUAUCACUGCAUAAAGUUCUAUUGGAUAAUGCUGAUCUACACUGAUUCAGACUUUUUUUCUCAGGAUACAGAACUUCAAAUAAACCAAAUACUUUUUCUCC